ACAUAGGAGGAGAUGAAAAUAACAAUCUGCGAGCUGAACAGAGAAAACGAGCCGUUCGCGACAUGUUCUCUCCCACUCCGCGACGCCCUCCUCCACACCAACCGCCGCGCGGACAUGUCGCUCGCACUACUGGCCGGCCCGCGGCUAAUGCGCAUGCACGAUGCGCUCGAUGGAGGGGACGAGGUCGGGGUCAUCGACCUCUGGUGCAUGCUCAGAGCUGAGGGACACUCGCUGCCCGGCAUCAACCGCGCCAUAGCACAGCAAUCAUCAUCCCCGACGCUGGCCCAACCCGCAGUGCCCCGCAACUCCCGCGUGAUGCCGCAGAUCCAGGACGACGACCGCUACAACGACUUCGACCUCGCACUGGGGAAUGCACCUCCGGUCACCAGUACGCCGGUCUCCACUGCACCACCACAAUAUACCGACAAGAACGUCGCCAGUGGCGAGCCGAGCAACUACCCUCCGAUGCGCCAGCGUCGGUUCAGUGCGACGUCGACGUCCACCAACCUCACCAACCUCACUAACAUCACUCCCACGUCUCCCUCAGCACCUAAUGUACUCCGUGAGAAUCCGGAACAUGAUUCGGGGAUAAUUGUUAAUGACGUGCACGCUAAAAUCAAGUCACCAGACGAUAUGAGACAAGUACUGGAAAAAAACUAUGACUUUGGCAGGUUGGCCAAAGUAGAAGAUCCUCACAAGCGUGAAAAUCAGCGCGGCGAAAUGCAAAAUACGAGGAGAAGCAGUCGAGCCACGGAGGACAAGUGCGACAUUAGCGACAUGGAGAUAUACAGGAAAUAUGAAAACAUUGGCAAGCUCAUAGGUCCCAAUAGGAAUGAGGCGUCAAAGAAGUGCGUCAAAAUCUUGCCGAAGUACACCGACUCGGGGGUGGAAGAACCACAAAGGGUAUUGUAUCCUCAGGAGGAGGAGUACGCUAUGGAUGAAGAAGCAGUGAGUGGCAUCAACCGCGUGGACAUCACGGUGCUGUGGCUGGCGCUCAACGAGGAGUGCGAGGCCAUGGUGGACCCCCACGUACAGCGCGUCUACGUCGCGUACACCUUCCUCGGACGGACCGGCGCCGAGCUGGAGACUCCCGUCAGCCUGCCCAAGCCCAAACACUAUGUUGAUAAGUGCUACUUUAACUUUAAGAAAACGUUCGAGCUGGAAGACACGGACCUGAUGAAGCUCAGUCACAUGGCACGAUGCCGCGCUGCCAGCAAGAUGUCGCAGGACGAGAGAGACUGCAUUAUCUUCUCCGUCGUUAGCGAACCCGCUGAGGAUCCACUCGGACUCGAGAGUUGUGAGGAUAUUGGCUACGCGUACCUGUACCUGGGCGACCUGCUGGCGUACAGCGCGGGCAGCCCCGGGUACACGGAGGUGCUGCCGGUGCGCGCGGCGCGCGGCCCGGCCGCCGUCUGCGGGGUGCUGGCCGUGCGCCUCGACGGGCUCCACGUCGUGCGCCGCUGUCUACUGCUGCCCGCGCCGCACGACCCACACAGCUGA